AAAGCCAAAAACAGACCACAGAAUAUAUGCUUUCUUUUAAAAAUUCUGUCUUGGGUACCACUCAGAGCAUCAGCAUAUAUCUGGUUUUAAGAUUGUGGUUGCAAUAAGUCAUCAUUUGUAAGCUUAUGGUUGCAACAUGAAUUGUCCAAUACUUCCCAAAAGAGCAAAACCAGAGAACAGCAGUAGCAACAUUGAUCGUCUACCACGAAAAUUGGAAGAGAUCUUACAAUAUCCUGAGCCUAAUGUGGAAAUACUUUUGGAUGGACAAAUCAAGUACUGGAUUGAUAAAAGGACAAGGGCAAAAUGCUUCUUCUUGUAUAACAAAAAUAUACAUGUCCUGUGGUCAGAAGAAAGCAGUAAGUGGAGUCGACCCCAAUAUAGGGAGCACACAAGUGACGAACCCAUUCAAGUUUACGAAAUGGAAACGGUUCUAUCUCUAGCUGUUGGUGGAAAUUUUGAUGCAACAAAACUUUCAAGGGGAGUAGAGUACAAGGUUUCACUUGUGGUGCUACUGAAGAAAUUUCUUUCAGGAUGGGAAUUUCCACUGCAAACUAUACUUGUUAAGCCUGAUGGUACCAAUGAAAAUCGAAGUAUUGAAGAUCUUAUGGAAAAAACAAAAAGAGAAUGGAUUAAAAUUCAACUAGGGACUUUCAUGAUUCCACCAGAGAUGGAAAGUAUCAAAAAUUUGGAAUUCUAUGUGCAUGAAAGAAAAGGUAGAAAACUUAAGAUGGGACUGGUCAUUAAAGGUGUUGAAAUUUCUGUCUAAAUUCUACCAAAACAAACGUUUAAAAACUUGGUCUGGCUGUAUAAGUAAACACACUUUAUGCUUAGUAUUAGUAUGCACGUCUAGACGCCUCAACUCUUCAUUGUGUUUGUUGAACACUUCAACUUACAAAAUGAUCAAUCUAAACACUUUCAAAAUUUACGUGUCAUAUCAACAUCGGUGUCGACGAGACAUAAUAGGGACGAAUUGGAGUGUUAAGUUGUCUGUUGAUAUUAAGUUGACGUGUCUAAAUAUGCUAUGCUGUCAAUGUCAGAGUAUUUAUUUACCAUCUGAAGCCAAAUUUGAGUGUUUGUUUGUCAUAUUCCUCAGCUGCAGCUUUGCAUUUAUAAAAAUCAAACACAAGAAUUUGAUUUUUGAAAUUCUGACCAUAAAAAGUGGUAUGUAUCUGAAUUGAGAUCCCCUCCAUUAUAAAUUUAUCUAGUAAUGUUCAAUGACACAAUAAUUGAUUUA